AAAGUCUACUUACGGAGAGGACUUAAACUGAGAGACGACGAGGACGAGGAAAUAGUAGGUUCGAAACUGCUGCUUAUAUUUUCUAAAGGCCAAGCCUUUCUUGCCGCCUUUUCGCACCACAAUUUUGGAAUACCCGCACAAGAAACCUCUCCAGAUUCCCCAAUUUCUUCUUCAAUUCCUUUCAUCCUUUGACUAAUCUUUCUUCCAUGGCCGCCGAACAACGGUUAUCUGCUGUCAAGGGUUCGAAAGUACUUAUGGUUGGUGCUGGAGGAAUUGGGUGUGAACUUCUUAAAACCCUAGCUCUUUCUGACUUUCCGGAUAUUCAUGUUAUUGACAUGGACACAAUAGAAGUGAGUAACCUGAAUAGGCAGUUCUUGUUUCGAAAAUCACAUGUUGGACAAUCCAAGGCCAAAGUUGCUCGAGAUGCUGUUUUGAAGUUUAGACCUCACAUUAACAUUACUGCUUACCAUGCGAAUGUUAAAGAUUCGGAAUUCAAUGUUGACUUCUUUAAGCAAUUUAAUGUUGUCCUCAAUGGACUUGACAACUUAGAUGCUAGGCGGCAUGUAAAUCGCCUCUGUUUGGCAGCUGAUGUCCCAUUGGUAGAAAGUGGAACCACUGGGUUUCUGGGACAGGUUACCAUACACAUAAAAGGGCGCACUGAAUGCUAUGAGUGCCAGCCAAAACCAGCUCCAAAAACUUAUCCUGUGUGUACUAUUACAAGUACCCCAUCAAAGUAUGUUCACUGUAUUGUAUGGGCAAAGGAAUUGCUUUUUGCAAAGCUAUUUGGUGACAAGAAUCAAGAGAAUGACCUCAAUGUUCGUACCAGUGAUUCCAACUCAUCUGAACACGCAGACAAUGUUUUCGAAAGAAAAAAGGAUGAUGAUGUUCACCAAUAUGGAAAAAGAGUAUUUGACCAUGUUUUUGGUUACAACAUUGAAGUUGCUUUAUCCAAUGAGGAGACGUGGAAAAGUCGUAAUAAGCCAAGGCCUUUAUAUAUAAGAGACAUCCUGCAUGAUGAAGAGAUUGAACAAAAUGGAGAUUUUGGUAAUACUUCUGCAGUUGAUGAACCUCUAUCUAUGUCUGCUAUGGCAUCUAUUGGGCUGAAGAAUCCUCAAGAUAUAUGGAGCCUGAAGGAAAAUUCAAGAAUACUCCUUGCGGCACUUAAGUUAUUUUUCCAGAAACGAGAGAAGGAAAUAGGGAGCUUGUGUUUUGAUAAGGAUGACCAGUUAGCUGUAGAAUUCGUUACUGCUGCUGCAAAUAUCCGGGCAACUUCUUUUGGUAUACCUUUGCAUAGCCUUUUUGAAGCUAAAGGCAUUGCUGGCAAUAUAGUGCAUGCUGUGGCAACUACAAAUGCUAUAGUUGCUGGACUGAUUGUCAUUGAGGCAAUAAAGGUGCUGCAAAAUGAUGCAAAACUUUAUAGGAUGACAUAUUGUCUCGAGCAUCCCUCAAGGAAGAUGCUUCUUAUGCCAGUGGAACCAUUUGAGCCUAACAAGUCCUGUUAUGUUUGUUCUGAGACGCCAUUAUCACUCGAGAUUAAUACUAAUAGAUCAAAAUUGAGGGAGUUUGUUGAUAAAAUUGUCAAAGCUAAGCUGGGGAUGAAUUUACCAUUGAUAAUGCAUGGUUCUGCCCUUCUUUACGAGGUCGGUGAUGAUCUUGAUGAAGCUAUGGUCGCAAACUAUGAAGCAAAUCUGGACAAGGUUUUGUCGGCACUUCCAUCUCCUGUUACUGGUGGGACGAUUCUUACUGUUGAGGAUCUUCAGCAAGAACUCUCCUGUAAUAUCAAUAUCAAGCACAGGGAGGAAUUUGAUGAGGAGAAAGAACCGGAUGCCAUGAUCCUAUUGGGAUGGACACAAGCUCCUGCAAAUGAUAAGGAGAAUAACAGCAGCACAUCGGCUGUGAAUGGUGCUAGCACGUCCAAAGGAGUUGAUAAUGUGGAGACAGAAAAAGAACAAGAAGCAGAUACUGAUUUGGUCAUCACUACAGAUCCUGGAACCGUCCAGAAUGGCAAGAAAAGAAAGGUGGCUGAUGAUGAAAGCGGUAGUAAGAAAAGAGUGGAACAAGUUGUGGAUGAUAAUGAGGAUGAUGAUGAUCUUGUCAUGUUUGAUGAAGGCGAUGACAUUAGCGGUAAGAAGAGGAGGCUGCAAUAGAUCAGUAAGGUCAGGUAUAUUGUUGGAAUCCUAUAACUUUGACAUGCUAAUUUUUGUUAACGCUAUUCUUUGGCUUUAGAUCACCAACCCUAGAUAUAGUUUGCUCUUCAUUUUAGUAUGUUAGGUUUGAUCCGAAUCUUGACAACUAACGGAUAUAUUUUUACACACCUUUUCGCUGCUUGCAUCUCGUCAUCCUCGAGAUUUAGGAGCAAUUUGUUCUUUUUAUACCUGGUAAACUUUCUGGGUUUUGUGGGGACUGGGGAUUGCUGUAUUUAUUUAAUUUAGGGAUAUGUUUUAUCGUUUUCAAAUGUUUGAAUUUUGAAGGGCUUAUUCUGAUUAAAAGAACAUAAUAACUUUGAAAUUCAUAUUGUG